AUGCGGCUCGCCCACCUCCAAAACCCGUCCUUCCCCAGGGGACCGGGCUGCCGCUGUUGCAUCUCUCUCCGUGCAGCAGGACGAAAUAGGAAGCGGCUGCAGGAAAAGCCAAGCAAAGGAGACCUGUCCCGCCCGCCGCCCCCGCCGCCCCCGCCACCCGGAGGCGCAGCCCCCGGCGUGCAGCCGCCCCCCGCAGCCCCGGGAGCGGCCGCCGCAGCACGGCACAGCCUUGCCUUGCCUUGCCUUACCUCGCAGCCCCGGCUCCGGGGAUGCGCCGCCGCUGCCUCCGGUGCCCGCCCCCACCUGCGCCGUCCCUCCCAGCCCGGCGCUCAGGUGCGGAGGGAGCACAAAGGCAGUGCCGCCCGCUGCGACGCGGGGAGGGGAGUAGUGUAUCUUUUCUCCCGCGCCGAGCCCCCAGCCCCACUGCACCACACCGCUUGCAACCGCCCGCUCCGCUCCCCUCCCCUGCCGGUACCGAGCGCCAGCCCACCUCAGCCUGCUGCGGGGCCGCCUCCCGCCCGGAGCCGUCCCACUUGCCCCCAGCCGCCCCUCAGAACCCCCUCACCAGCCCCCCCAGUGCUGCGGUUGGUGCCGGCACUACGGAGCGCCCUUCAGCCCCGGGAAGUUCCCCAGCCCCGGGGGGAGAUGAGGGGGACACACCGCCCCACGUACCCACCCGCCUUUGACACCCACUGGGCUCGUUUCUCCCUCACGCCGCCCCCGCAGCCCCCGGCAGACAGGCCCAGCAAAAUGGUGUGUGGCUUUAACAGCUGAAGAGCUUUUUUUAUUGCUGGUCCCUCUCUGUGUUCUGAAGUUCACUCUACUGAGCUACGUGGGUGCAUGUGAAGUCUGAUUCUGGCAUGAAUCACAGCUCUUUGAGAUCCACCUCUUUCAGGAGGUCUGCACAGCUAUCCAUGAACUAGAGCAUCCUAUAGAGAGCUGAGACAUUGAUCCAAGGAAACAAUCAGGUACAUGUGUGAUUCUUUUCUCCGUGGAGCUCUCAAAAUCAGAAAAGCUUUUUUGGAACAUUCCUCCCAGAAUUUUAAACAGUCUGGAGGACACAAACAUUUCAUCAGAAUCUGUAAAGAAAAAAAGAAAAAAAGUUCAAUUGCUACCAGUUUUUUUUCCUUCAAUGAAAUCAAAUGGAAAUUGCAAUUCUAUUUUAUGUUACAAAAUAUUUACACCUUUUAGUGCCCGAUGUUUUUUGGCAUUUUUUUCUCUUUUCUGUAGCCACUUUCAGCAUAUCUGAGUCUAUUCAAAUGUCAGUGAAUCUUCACAGCUCACUCCUUCAGUGCAGACAGAGUCCCUGAUAAAGCACUUCUCCCACCCAAGAAAUGUCUCUGAAAAGGAGUUAGUCCUUUCCUUGAGAUCUGGUAACAGUCAGUCAGGGAGGUACCUGAAACAGUAACAAGCCUUCUAUGCUCUGUGUGUGUCAGUUUAACCUACUGUGCAUAAAUCCUACUGAUGGCACCAGUUAUGCUUAAAAUUAAAGAUACGCAGUAAUUUUAUACUACAGUCCUAGAAAUACUCUGCUUAGAUAUCUCUACAAGCAAAUUUAAUGCAGUCCUCAACUAUUUUGGAUGCUCUAGAAAUGUGAGUGUGUUCCAGAACUUCAUAGGCCUCCUGGUUCAGGUACUUGACACACAAGCAGUCAUAUGACAUACACUCAGCCACAAGUGUUAAUGAGAAAGUAAUUAAUCACAGAUUCCAUGUAGCUUGUAUGUGAAAAUCCUCACCAGUUAUACCGGAUCCAGACAGACUCAGUGUGGUGAAAGGAGUUUAGCUUCCUGUAAUAGUGAUGUAGCUGCCCAGCUGCUCUCUGGAGCAAGGAAUUAACAUAGAAAUACAAUGCCCAUCGCUUCUAAAUUGGGUUCUGUGGCCUCUUAAGAAGAGAAGAAUGAGUGAACUUGAGAGCCCAGGGAUGUCUAGAGUUUGGGGAUGGCAACAUCAGUUUGGAGAUACUUAGAAAUUUGAAAAGAUCAGAAUCCCACUUCUUGCUCUCUCAGUGCAUUUUCCAAGUUUUUUAAAUUUACUGAUUUUUUUUCUUUCAGGGCUGGCUGCCAUUACUGCUUACAUCAGUGGAGAGAUUCCCACUGAAUUUCAAGGGCAACUGGAUUAGUUACUGGUUGUUGUACUGAAAAGGCAUGCAAUUAAAAAAGCUACCACAUUGUUCUCACUGGGCUGGAGCCAAGGAUGACCAAGUGUGCUUGCUCAAGUUCAGCUGUGCACUGUCACCCACGAAGGCAGUCGGUUGCACUUAGGAUGCAACCCAGACAAUGGAACCUGGCCUGGCCAGAAGCUGCAGUUUGGCAGCUUAGACCCACUGGAGCUCUGACCAGGCACAGGGAGCAGCUACAAGGGAUUUCUUUUAGGAGUCAGAGCUGUAAUUUCCAAAUGAUAGGUUUAUGUCAGCACUGCAGCUGGUGAGACUUCUGUCAGCUGUGUGGUUUACCAGGAGGAAUCUUCAGCUGGAAAACAAUUCUCAGGUGCUUUGCACUGAAUGGAAAGUGAUGAAAAGGUGGUUUUAUUAAUUCUUUUUGUAUAGUGUAUACUCCCUAGCAUUUAAAAAGUACUUUUCUGAAGUAAUUAUUUCCUACAAAUCUUAUUGAUAUGAAGGGGUGUCCUACACUGUUUAACUCGAGCUAUAAGUCUCAACCUCCCAAACAGUAAGGUAUCUAUGUGCCUUCAGAGAACCAUAGAACAGUUUGGGUUGGAAGGGACCUUUAAAGGUGAUCUAGUUCAACUCCCCUGCGAUAAGCAGCAACAUCUUCAUUGGGAUGCUCAGAGCUCCGUACAACCUGACCUUUAAUGUUUCCAGGGAUGGUACAUCUACAACUGCUCUGGGCAAGCUGUUCCAGUGAUUCACCAUGCUCAUUGUAAAACUUUUCUUCCUUAUAUCUAGUCUGAAUUGACUGUCUUUUAGUUUACAAAAAUUACCUCUUGUCCUAUCACAACAGGCUCUGCUAAAAAGUCUGUUCCCAUCUUUCUUAUAAACCCAUUUUAAAUACUGAAAGGCUGUAAUAUGGUCCCUCUGGAGUCUUCUUUUCCAGACUGAACAACCCCAAUGUCCUCAUUCUUCUGAGUCUUCUCAUGAACUCCUGUUGAAAUAGUUGCUUCCUUAAUGCUAUGCAUAUGUUUUGAGGGCUCAGAAAAGACAGGGAAAUUACAAACAUGUGAGCUCAAAACUUUUGAGAAAAUGACGACUGCCAGUGUUUCCGUAAUUAAAGAUAUGCUCUGUAAACUG